AUGGAGAACACCAAGAAUAGCCUUGAAGUUCCAGGCGCCACACUUUAUUACGAGGUUGUUGGCAAUGGACCAUUGCUUCUAUGCAUUUCCGGUGGAAGCGGAUCGGCCGAUUACUGGAGGCCACUGGUGAACCAGCUCAAAGACAACUUCACUGUGGCCAUCUACGACCGCCGCGGGUUCUCACGGAGCUACCUCUCCGCAACCGUUGACCAGGACUACGAGCAUCGAAUUGAGACAGAUGCCGAUGAUGCCUCGGCCCUCAUAAAGUACCUCUCACCAGCGGAACAACCAGUCAAGAUUCUUGCCAACAGUUCAGGAGCUGUCGUGUCGUUAGUACUUCUCCUCCGCCAUCCCGACUUGGUCGAUACCUUGGUCUGCCACGAACCGCCAGCCCUCAAAGUUCUCCCAGACCGGGAAGACUUGACGGCAAAACAGCUGGAUAUUUAUCAAACCUACCGUCGGUCGGGAAUUCCUGCGGCUCUGAAGAAAUUUGCCGCAUUGUACAAGGUCAAGGAUGCAGAGUUUCCGAUUUUCCAGGCAUCAAUGGACGCCCGUCGAGGACCAUUUGUAGGACAGAACUCCAUAUAUUGGUUUGAGCGCGAAAUUCCAGUCUAUCCACUACAAGACUUCGACUUGCAAGCGUUGGCAAAGUACAAGAAGAAACUGAUUCUCGCUGCUGGGGAGGACACAGAUCCGAGUGCUCCUCACUACCGGGCAAACGAAUCUCUCGCAAAGAUAUGCGCAAAAGAACUGACAAUAGUUCCUGGUGGUCACACCGGGUUUGCGACCCAUCCUGUUGAAUGGGCAGAGGCGCUGAUAAAGAUUGCUCCACCAUAG